AGAGUGCAAGCAAUGGAAGCACUGCAGACAUGCUGUCUCGAGUUAGGUACAAUCUGUGGGGAUGUGAAAAGCAUCUCCCAGGCAUUAUGCUCCCCCUCCUCGCUGUACACUCUCAGCUGUGUGUGGGGAUCGCUGGUAUUUGCUUUGGACCGAGAAAAGACUCAGAGUGCCUGGGAAUGUGAGCCUCAAGCAAAGUAACCAGCCUCUUUGUGUUUGGAUUUACUAACCCAGGACUGAGCUGAUUUGGCUCCUGGGAACUGGAGAAGCACACAAGCAAACGCACUUCUCUUUCCUGGUGGGAAGCUGGUUUGAUGCUUUGUUACUGUAAUUGCCAAAUCCAUCAGUCAUUGCAGGCUGUCUUUAAGACUUCAUCCACUUUCAUCCUCUGCUCAGGAAGGAUAGCCAGCCUAUUUUGACAAUGCUUACAGAAAAGUCUUUGGGAUUUGUUUAUUCUGGACUAUGUCUCUGGGCACCCUUGUUCCUGUCUUUCUUUGAAGUCUCUCAGCAGGGUGAAAGCCAGAGACGCUUGUACAGAGAACUGCUGAAAAACUACAAUCGUCUUGAACGACCAGUAGUGAAUGACUCCCAGCCCCUUGUAGUAGAGCUGCAGCUUUCUUUGCUACAGAUAAUUGAUGUGUACUGGGUCGAUGUUUACUUGUCGUGGGAUCAGUAUGAAUACCCAGGGGUACAGAACUUACGAUUUCCAGUUGACCAGAUUUGGGUUCCAGACAUUCUUCUGUAUAACAGUGCGGAUGAAAGAUUUGAUGCAACAUUUCACACAAAUGUGCUGGUGAAUUACUCUGGAUCCUGUCAAUAUAUCCCUCCAGGCAUUUUGAAGAGCACAUGUUACAUUGAUGUCCGCUGGUUCCCCUUUGAUGUGCAGAAGUGUGAUUUAAAAUUUGGCUCCUGGACUCACAGCGGCUGGUUGAUUGACCUCCAGAUGCUUGAGGCUGAUAUUUCCAACUACAUCUCAAAUGGAGAAUGGGAUUUAGUGGGUGUCCCAGGAAAGAGGAAUGAGAAGUACUAUGAAUGCUGUAAAGAACCAUACCCAGAUGUGACGUACACCAUAACCAUGCGCCGACGCACCCUCUACUAUGGCUUGAACCUACUAAUUCCCUGUGUUCUCAUAUCUGGCUUAGCACUGCUUGUUUUCCUUUUGCCAGCUGAUUCAGGGGAGAAAAUUUCUUUAGGUAUCACUGUCCUACUUUCGCUGACUGUAUUCAUGCUGCUUGUGGCUGAGAUCAUGCCUGCAACUUCUGACUCAGUCCCUCUAAUAGCUCAGUAUUUUGCUAGCAUCAUGGUAAUUGUUGGUCUGUCUGUGGUGGUAACAGUGCUGGUGCUGCAGUUUCACCAUCAUGACCCACAAGCAGGAAAGAUGCCCAAAUGGGUCCGUGCCAUCCUCCUGAAUUGGUGUGCUUGGGUUUUACGAAUGAAAAAACCCGGGGAAAAUAUAAAGCCCCUCUCUUGCAAAUAUAAGUAUCCAAAGCACCAUUUGAGCAUAAGCAGCACAGAGACGAAUGUCCUACCUGGGCACCAGUCCGGCAAUUGCAACACGAUCUAUAGCUACCAUGCAAUGAAUAAUCCAUGCUGCCCCCAGAAGAACGAUCUGGGUAGCAAGAGUGGAAAGACUACUUUCCCCUUACCAGAAGAUAUUGAAGCUUUGAUGGAUACUAUUCCAGUGAUUAUUAAUAUCCUGGAGGAAGUUCGGUUCAUAGCAAAGCACUUCAGGAAACAAGAUGAGGAUGAAGACGUCUGCAGUGAGUGGAAGUUUGCAGCUGCUGUCAUAGACCGAUUAUGCCUGGUUGCAUUUACCCUUUUUGCCAUCAUUUGCACAUUUACAAUACUGAUGUCUGCUCCAAAUUUUAUAGAAGCUGUUUCAAAGGAUUUUGCAUAAGGAUUUCAAAGAUGAGCAUGAUAAUUUAGAAGUUAAUUUUACCAGUUAUUUUUCUAUGUAGUUUAACUCGAGAAGUGUACUUAUAUGUGCUAGCAUACACAGAAGGGGAUGAAAAUAAUUUCAGGAGGUAAUUAUUCCUGAUGUUGGUGAUUGUAGUUACUGAAUAGUAAACAUAUUGAGCUCUGUUACUUACUUCAUAGACUAGUGCCAUGUGUAAUUUUGUCAUGAUCUGUGAAGAAUGAUAGAUAAGAUUUCAGAUCUACAAUAUUAUUACAAAUUAAGAUGAGUAUCAAUGUGUUACUAUGAAUUUGUGUACUUUUAGAUAUUGUUAAUAAUUUAAAUGAUCAUUGAUGGCUUCACAAUGUUUUGUUGUUUCCAGUGUAUUUGUGUUUUAUCAUUUUUGUUUGGUGUGGCUCUGACAUUCACUUCUCAGAUUUGACAGAUGUAUCUCCACAGCCUUAUGAUGCUGUGUGGUGUAUCCACAAAAAUAAAGUAUGAUCAUGCUGGGUCUUA